UUUAGUAUAAAUUAUCUGUAAAUUUGCUUUCUUGGGCAUGUAUAACUCAUUUAAUGUCACCUCAGCUUAAUACCUCCUAUCUCUGCUAAUUGUUAUCCUCUCUUUUACUAUCAUAAACUUCCCAACGAGCCCUGCAAUGGAGUAAAAAUUGUAGCAUUCCAACUAAGCAUUUUCUUCUGGGGGAUAGAUCUUGAAGAUUAGCUUCAAGACAUAAAGAUGGGUUAUUUAGUAGUGUACUACGUGGGAUUGUGUAUAUGGUUGUCUUUGUUUAGUUAUAGCUCCAUUUUCGCGUACUCUGAGAUUGUAAAAGACACUGGAACAGCCCAAGGCUUUGUAUUUGUAGAUGGGAUUAGUGCCAUUGGAGAAAUAGAUGACGAUUUCAUUUGUGCCACCUUGGAUUGGUGGCCACCUGAGAAAUGUGACUAUGGAACCUGUAGCUGGGACCAUGCUUCCCUUCUCAAUCUGGAUCUUAACAACAUAAUUUUAUUAAAUGCAGUAAAAGCUUUUUCACCAUUAAAGAUUAGACUUGGGGGCACCUUGCAAGAUAAUGUCAUAUAUCAAACUCAGAGUAAUCAACGCUGCCAUUCAUUUGUUAAGAAUUCCUCAGAGUUGUUUGGCUUCACCCAAGGGUGCCUUCCUUCGUCCAGAUGGGAUGAAUUAAACUCCUUUUUCAAGAAAUCUGGGGCUGAAAUUAUAUUUGGUUUGAAUGCUCUGAAUGGGAGGAGAAUAAGGUCUGGUGGUUCAGCUGUUGGAGCUUGGGAUUCCUCAAAUGCUGAAGCUUUUAUUCGUUACACUGUUGAAAAGGGCUACAACAUAUAUGGUUGGGAACUUGGAAAUGAACUGUGCGGCGGUGGAGUUGGGACAAGGGUUGCACCUGAUCAGUAUGCUUCUGAUACAAUCGUAUUACGCAACAAAGUGCAAGAAAUCUACAAGGAUGUAGCAAACAAGCCAAUUGUUUUAGCGCCGGGAGGAUUCUUUGAUGUCAACUGGUUUACAGAUUUUUUGCGCAGAACCAACAACGCUGUAAAUGCAGCCACCCACCACAUAUAUAAUCUAGGACCAGGAGUGGAUGAGCACCUUAUUGAAAAGAUUCUAAGUCCGUCGUAUCUCGAUGGUGAGGCUGAUACAUUUAGUAAACUCAAGGGCGUUCUCAAGAAUUCUGGGACUUCUGCCUCUGCUUGGGUUGGUGAGGCCGGAGGGGCAUACAACAGCGGCCGAGACGGUGUGUCGAACGCAUUUGUGUACAGCUUCUGGUAUCUGGAUCAGCUUGGCAUGGCAUCUGCUUAUGAUACAAAGGCUUACUGCAGGCAGUCAUUGAUUGGGGGAAACUACGGCUUGCUCGAUACCACAACUUUUGUACCUAAUCCAGAUUACUACAGUGCUCUUCUUUGGCACCAGUUGAUGGGAAGAAACGUUUUAGCAACGAACUUCACAGGCACAAAGAAGAUUCGUGCCUAUGCUCAUUGUGCAAAGCAAUCCAAAGGCAUCACUUUGCUGCUGAUCAACCUAGAUGGCAGCAAUUCUGUCCAGGUCAAAGUGGCAUACAAUGGCACAAUACUCCACAGACACAAACACGGGCAUCAUCACUCCAGACCCAAGUACAUUCAAUUACCUCAACCCAGAAAAAUAGGAUCUGCCACAAGAGAGGAGUACCACCUGACCGCUAAGGGUGGUGACUUGCAUAGCCGGACUAUGCUGCUAAAUGGGAAUGAGCUAACUGUGGGUAACUCUGGGGAAAUUCCUCAACUGAGGCCUCAAAUUGUCCCUGCUUCAGAGCCAAUAAAUAUUGCUCCUUGCUCCAUUGUAUUUGCUCACAUAGAGUACCUUAAUCUCCAAGCUUGCAACUAGAUUCUAGGUGAGAGAAACAGAUGUUUGUUGGUAAAAGGCUUGCAGAUAGAUUGUAGGUGAGAGAACAGAUGGAACUAAAAGUGGUUCCAUUUGAAAAAUAAUCAUAUAAGACAAGAAAUACAAGCUGUUUUGCUUUAUUUGAUUA